GUUACAUCGCGGUUGUGGGCUUGCGGUGUACAGGACGGGGGGUGCCAGAGCGUGCCUGAAUGAUUCUUGAUAUAAAGGCAUUAUUAUAUUAAGCGCGAUGAGCUUUUUACCCGUGCUAUGUUACAAUUCACAUUCGACAUCGCGUUCUGGAGAAUCGACCCCGCAUUUAGGGUCGUCGGUACACAGCUAUGUACACGAUUGCAAACAACUGCAAUCAAGGUGAAGUAGGACGAACGGUCCUUGAACGCCGUUCCCAGCUUCCGAUUAUUUCGCUCGCUUGCGCAGUCGACCCUACGCUGCAAGUACUAUGCCUUACCGCACCAAAAUUGGACUUUCCUUGUUGGCAGACGGGCCAGCGGGCGUGAUGGGCGAUUCCGCGGCCGGUCCCAGACGGCCAGCAGACGGCUCGCACGCUUCUGUGUCCCGACCGGACGCGAGGGAGCUUCCUCGGUCCCGGUAGCUGACCUGGAACCAGCUACCCAACCGGUGUACGAACAAAUGCAAGUGUGGCAGCGGGGCGGCCGCCGCCGGUGUGGCUAUAAAAGCUCCCGGCCCCGCCCCGUUCCCUCCAACCGCACGCACACACCCUUUUCCAGCAUUCCAGCCACCCGAACAAACGGUCGUGGCCCUCUUCUGUACACACGACUCCCCGCCGCGAUCACUUGUUGCCCUGUCGCUCCUUGUGAGGCACCGAGCCACUUCUCAGCAUUCGGCGAUCCAAUCGGGCGCCCGGUCGCGCCAUGGCGAGGGUGGCAGCCCCCACGGUUUUGCUUCUCAGCCUUGCCGCCAUCCUACUGCAGUCAGGACCUUCCCUGGGGGACGUUGUCACCGGCUCCAAGGCUGCUGGCACACACGUCGCGAGCAGCAGCAGUGCAUUGACACACCCUGAGCAGCGGCCCCCGCCCUGUGAAUGCCCGCUGGAGCCGGAGCCAGUGUGCGGCACUGAUGGCACCUCGUACGACAGCCCCUGUAAGGCAGGGUGUGCCAGCGCGGCGGUGGCCUACUCUGGCCGCUGCGCCAACCCCUCUGGCUGCGCCGCUGUCCUGUGCCCUGCGGUCCGCGAGCCCGUGUGCGGCGCGGAUGGGCGCGAGUACCCGUCCCGCUGCUUGGCCGACUGCACCGGCGUGACCGUGGUCCGCGACGGCCCCUGCCAUGGCCGCAGCCCCGAUGAUGGCAAGCCGGCUGACGGCGGCGACAAAGGUGAUGACGAGAAGGGCCGCGGUGAUGAUGGGGACAAGGGCCACGGCGGCGGCGGCGACAGCGGCGGUGACAAGGGCCACGGCGGCAGCGGCGAUGACGACGAGGGCUGCAUCUGCACCGCACAGUACGACCCGGUGUGUGGUGAGGACGGACGCACCUACGGCAGCGCCUGCGCAGCCGCUUGUGCGCAUGUGACCGUGGCGCGUCGUGGCGAGUGCAGUGGCGGCGGUGAUGCCACUGACCAGGACCCACCGGUGGAUGAGUGCUCGCGCUGCUCCCAUGCGCCCAACUCCCCGGUGUGCGGCGCCGACGACGUCACAUACGGUACCGAGUGCGCCGCACGCUGCAACGGCACCGCUGUGGCCUACACCGGCCAGUGCGCUGACCCGGCCGGCUGCGCUGCGGUCAGCUGCACCGCCGACUACAAACCCGUCUGCGGUGCCAACAACGUCACCUACUCCAACACCUGCAACGCGGGCUGCACCGGUGUCACGGUGAUCGCAGAGGGCGAGUGCACUCCCCUGACCGUUCCCACCUGGGCGCUCGGUGCCGCAGGCUGCCCGCCGGAGCGCUCCUUGCGCUGCCUGGUGGACCCCUGCAGCGUAGCCUCCUGCCCCGCGCAGCCCCGGGCGGUGUGCAUUUCCGCCUACUGCUCGGACUCGGUCUACCAGGGUGUGCCGGUGGGGGCUUGCGCCGCCAUCUUUGUGCAGCCGCACACCGGGGAGCCAGUGGUCUGCAAGCAGCAGCAGCCGCCGCAGCCACCACAGCCGCCGCAGCCGCCACAGCCACCGCAGCCCCCGCAGCCGCACCCGCCGCAGCCACCGCGCCCGCCGCAGCCGCCGCAACCGCCGCAACCGCCGCAACCGCCGCAACCGCCGCAGCCACGGUCGCCUCGGCCGUGCCCCUGCCCCAGGAUCUACAAGCCGGUUUGCGCCGCCCUCAAGACCACUGAUGAUGACCAUGUUGAUGACCACGGACAUAAUGAUCAUGCUGAUGAGCUGCUGAAGACGUACGACAACGAGUGCAUUGCCGCGUGCGACAGCGCCCGCGUGCGCUACGAGGGGCGCUGCGCCGACCCCCGCGGCUGUGAGACCGUGCGCUGCAUCACUGAGGACAAGCCCGUGUGCGGUAAUGAUGGCGUGGAGUACCCGAAUGAGUGCUUCGCCACCUGCACCGGCGUCGACUUCACCACAGGCCGCUGCAGCCGCGAUGAGACCGGUGGCAGCGGCAGCAAGGGUGGCGAUGACGGUGAGGGUUGCCGCGGUGGCCACAGCAAGGGCAACGACGGCCGCGUUAACGGCAAGGGCGGCUGCGGUGGAGGAGGUGACGAUGGUGCCGGCGGUGACAAGGGCCGUGGCGACGGCGAUGGCUGCAUCUGCACCCUGCAGUACGAACCGGUUUGCGGCAAGGACGGACGCACUUACGGCAACGCUUGCGCAGCCGCCUGCGCGCGCGUGCCCGUGGCACGCUACGGCGAGUGCAGCAGUGGCGGCGAGGGCAACGGCGGGGAUGGCAACAAUGGCAAGGGCACCCGCCGCGCCCCGCCGCCGCGCGGCGGACGCAGGCCGCCGCCGCCCCGCCGCAACCGCAAGCAGAAGCAGGAGUAACUGACAUGCAACUGGAGGAUGUGUGGCAUGGACCAAACAUUGUUUUAGUAGUGUAGUUGUUAUUGCGUCGCUCUGUUGAGCUCUGUGUCAAUCAUUCGUGACCUUAUCAUGUACCCCUGUCUGCUUGAGGCGGGUAUGCAUGCAGCGAGUUUGGCUGGAUGAUCUCGUGAUCCGCUAUCUGGUGGCUAAGAAGGCGUUUCCUUAGACAAGACAGUUUUUUACCCUGCAUUCAUU